GAAAGAGGGAAGCAGGCAGUGACGGGUAGCGAGGUAGGGGAUCCACGCGUCAGAGGCGUGCGGCUUCUGUCUGUGUGAGAGUCAUCCUGUGGAGGCGCCAUUGCGGCUGUGUCACUUGAGAUGAUAGGGGAGCACCCCGCUCGGCCUCCCCGUCGGCACAUCCAGGUGGUGUCGGCCCUCCACCAGCCGGCGCCGGUCAUCGAGACAGUGGCCUCGCCCAAUGGAGGCCCGAACAAGAUACUCGUCAAGAACACUUUCCUGCACCUCUCGGAGGAGCUGCAGGACGUCCUCUCUAGAAGGUACGCACCAUCACACAUUCGCACACAAGAGGGAGGGCAUAGCCAACAACAGGUCGGUCCUCACAUCACUCUGAUUGGUGUGUUGCUGUGUGACACACACAAUGCAGGCCGCGGACGGAGUCUAGCGAUGCGGUGUUGGACGGUCCUCGGACGCCCAAGCUCAACAUAGCGGAGACUGUGUAUGAAAACUCUGUGUUUCCCCCCGUGGCUGAGCACCCCGAGCACGAGAGCGAGGCCGAGGAGGCGGCGUCGGGCGAUGCCAACUCGAACGCAUCCACGGCGCCGUCACACGGACACACGGGGGCGGGGGGAGGGGGAGGGGGGCAGGGCGGCAUGCCGCAGAUGCAGCAGGGACAGUCGCCCGGCGUGGGAGGGGGUGCGGGUGGUGCCCCGGGUGUGGGCGGCAUGGGGGCCGCCCAGCAGCCACCUAGUGCAGUGCCGUGCAUGACGUCGUCAUCGCCGCUGCCGUCCCCGUCCAUCCCGCCCACACACGGCCAGCCGCCAUCGGCGCAGGGCGGGCCGGGGGGCGGUGGGGGACCACCCAAUCGGAGCGGCAGCAUGCCCACACGACACGAUGUACGUGACGUGAUUGAACACUAUGGGAUUGGGGUGAAGCAGAGAGUCUUGAGUGGUUUGUCUGUGGAGUGGAUGUCGUAUGAUUGGAUUGGAUUGGAUGGGUGCAGCGUCCUGUGAGUGCGGCGACUCAGGGUUUGUUGGAUCAGAUCAACGCCGUGAUGGUCGACACGUCGGACCCUGACUAUGUCCCCACGCCAAACAUAAGUACACACACACAACACAGCACAACACACUGCCGGCACGUGUAGUGAAUGUCUGUGUCUGUGUCUGUGUCUGUGUGUGUCUGUCACCUCUCGUCUCGUCUCGUCUCGUCUCGUCUUCUCGUGUGCAGGUGAGUUGCCCCAGCCGCAGCACGGGUUGACGACGGUGAUGCUGCGCAACAUCCCCAACAAGUACACCCAGAGGAUGCUACUCGACGUCAUGAACAAACAUUUCAAGGUCAGUCAGUCACCUCAACUGCAGUGCACUGCACACACAGCCAAGCCCAGACACGGAGACAGCGCUGCUCUGCUGGACUGACUGACUGACUGACACCUGUGUGUUCCCUCGGUGCAUUUCUUCAUUCCUUCCAGGGUCUGUACGACUUCUUCUACCUGCCCAUCGACUUCCGAAACAAAUGUAAUGUGUGUCACGCCAUGCAGCCAGAGAUCUGCCAUUCGUGUGUCUGUCUCUGACAGUGCCUGUCUGUCUGUCUGUCUGUUUGUCUGUGUGUGGUUGGUUGGUUGGUCGGUGCAGGCAACGUGGGUUACGCGUUCAUCAACUUCAUCCACAGCCACUACGCCGAGAUGUUCAAGAACAUGUUCCACGGAUACAAACUCAACGCCUUCAAAUCCCACAAGGUAGCUGGCGUGACGUGACGUGACGGACACACACCACACACAUCCAAGUGACACAGCAGGGCCGUCUCUAUGUCUCUUCUGUUGGGGUGUGUGUCUGUCUGUGUAGGUGUGUGAGGUGUCAUGGGGCCGUGUGCAGGGGCUGAGGGACAACAUCGAGCACUACCGCAACUCUGCGGUACGUUUGUUUGUUACUCGGGUGGUGUGCCCACACAGGCAGGCGGUAGCCUCGCCCUCAUCGCCCUUAUCGCCUGUCCGUCUGUCCUCCCCUGUCUCCCCCGUCUCCCCUGUCUCCCCUGUGUGUGUUCACAGGUGAUGUCCAUCCCGAUUCCGCAGUACAAGCCGCUCCUGUUCAAGAACGGCAUUCAGAUCCCAUUCCCCGACGCAGACGGACCACUGCCCAGGUCAGUCAGUGAGGGAGAGAGAGAGAGAGAGAGAGACCCAGCCCAAGCACAAACAACUCACCCACAAUCCCUGUCUGUCUGUCUGUCCGUUCAGUGUGAAGCUCCGACCGCAGAAAUGCUGAGAGCGCGGGAGCGAGGGAGCGAGGAGGGAGAGAGAGGAGACACGGCGCGCGCCCCUCCCGCAGCUAUCGUCCUUGCGUCAGCCAUUCCAUAUGUGCUCGGCCGCCCCUCCCCGCCCCUCCCUCCUUCCCCCCUGUUCGUUUGUCACUUGUGUGUGGGCCGGGCUGGCGCAUGGAAGCAAGCGAUGGGAGGUGAGGUGGGGUGUACUUGCCGACCGACCUGCCUGCCUGCCUGCCUGCUCGUGUGUGUGUGUGUGAGAGAGAGCUGACCUCACACACACCAUCGAUGUGUCCCUCUGCGUGUGAUGUGUUGUGUUGUGCUGUGGCGUGUUGUGCUGACUGGCAUGACCCCACCCGGUCGCUCGUCUCUCCGCCCGCACCCUCACUCAUUGGCUGACCUGUCUCUCUCUGUCUGUCUGAGUGAGAUGAAUGAAUGGUGCCUGUGAUGGUGCCUGUGAUGGUGCGUGUGAUGGAUGGAUGGAUGGACACGACAGGCAGGCCGUAUUUUUGUCUGCGCGUGGAGAAACGAACGACAGAGGGGAGGGAGGGAGGGAGGUAAAGUUAAGGAGAGUGGAGUGGAGACUGCCGCAUUCAUGUCAUGUAGCCAGCCUGCCAGCAGACACACACCUGCCUACAUAUGCUCGUAUACGCACUCUCGCCAUGUGUGUGUGUGUGUGUGACUGUGACUGAGUGAGUGUGUGGCCCCUCACCCCGAUCUCUCUCUCUCCCUGUCUGUCUGUCUGUCUGUAUUUGUCUCGUGCUGUUUUUCCAAAGGCCACCUCUCGCCCUCCCUCUUGCCGCGUCUGUCUUGUCUGUCAGGCUCUUCAUUGGCCGCUCGUGUGUCACGCCGGUCCGCCACACACACACACAUAUAUAUACACACACAUACGCCCUAGUUUUGUUUAGCCACACAAACAAGGGGUAGAGGGGGGAUUUUGGGUCACGGUGUUGAUUUGCACGCCACCGAUGGAUGGGAUGGACACGCACGCGCGGCGCUCACCGAUCAAGAGACUCACUCGCCCACCUCUCACGCUUCGGCCACGUCUGUGUGGGGGAGGCAGGCAGGCAGGCAGGCAGGUCAGUCACUUCAGACUUGCUGUAGGUAGCUGCUACUGGAGAGAUGGGGAGGGAAGGAGGGAGGGAGGUAGAGAGAGAUCGGAAGUGUUUCUUUCGGCCGCCAUCCAAUCCACCCACUGCACACACAACACAACACAACACAACUCUCACACUCCACUCACGGGACAGACAUGCAGCAGAGACGGACAGGCAGGCACUUGUUAGUCAGGGUGGAUGGAUGGAGAGAGGAGAGGGGCGCUUCACUGGCUGGCUGUAGGAACGAAAGAUCGAAAGAACAAAGAACCUGUAGCGUAGCAAGUACGGAGAGAAAAUCACUAUCUGACUGACGGACUGACUAGGUAGGUAGGUAGCUGGCUGUCGGCUGACAUUUUUCCUCGUUGGUGGCGGGCCGGCUGGCCGGCCAGGCGAGUGAGGGACAGCAACCAACCGUGCCCACGUGGUGUGCUGUGCGCAGCCUGUCUGUCUGUCUGUCUGUGUGUGUGAUGCUUGUGCAGCUCAGCUGUCACUCUCGGGUGGUGCGGCGUACUUGCGAGUCUCUCUUUCCCCCACUUACCGCUCCUCGUUUUUCGAAGGCCUCUUCCCCAAGUGUCUGUCGUUGAAUCCGUCCGUCCGUCCGUCGCGUCACACGCCAUUGUCAGUCAGUCACUCUAGUCGAAUGGAUGAUGUGUCUAUCUGUGUUCGCCGGUCGGUCGGUCGGUCAGUCAGCGCAUGUCACAUAUACCACACGAGGGAGGGAAGGAAGGCUCAUAGGUGGGUGGGGAUAAGGGAACACAACACCCCCGCACUGCCUUUGUCUGGCUGUCGGCCGGAUGUGUGGGUGUGUCUGUCUGUCUGUCUGCUCAGCGGCUGUACUUGAUCAUUUUUCUGAGCGAUUGACGCAACACACGCGGGGUGAGUGAGAGCGCGAGUGCAUACCUACCAUACAUGUGUGUGUGUGGCGUGGCGGAUUGGAUGGCGCAUUUUUUCGCACGCUGGCACGUCCGUCUGUCUGUCUCGCUGUCUGUCUGUCUGUCUGUCCGGAUGUGCUCUAUCACUCUCUGUUUCUCUCUCCGCGUGCGUGUCCGUAAUCUCCAUGCCGUGUGUGUAUGUUUCAAUGUACCAUGGAUGGGCGGUUGUGGUGUAUGGUGUGUGUGGUGUCCGGGGCGCUUUGAAACGGGGAGACAACGAGCGAGAGGGGCGGUGUGCUGCCUUGUGCUGUGUUUGUGUGUGUGUGGGUGUGUGUGGCCCUGUGCUGCUCCUACCAUAGCCUUCCCUCCCUCCUUUGUGGUUCGUUCUUCCCUCCGCCGGUGCCGACGCCGAGUGCGGUGGUCAAGACAUGAUCAGCGCGCUCACCGUCUGCACCGGCCUGGCGAGAAAACCUUCUGCACGAGAGAGAGGAAGCGACCGAUGCGAUGCAGCGGUGUGUAUUAUCAGCUUAUAUGCCAUCAAUCCAUCCAUGGGCUAUGUAUGCUGCGAUGCCAUAAUGAGUGUGCGGGACGCACAGGCAGAUAUGUUCGUUCGCAGGGAAGGGAUGGUGGGUGGUUUGUAUAUGUAUAGUUAGUAGCACAGAAGACGGGAUGGAUUGGAUGGUGUGGUGGUGCUGCUAGUCACACUCACUGAGCAGCUGCUUUCUUUCUGUGCUGCAUUGCAUCCAUCGGUCUGGCUGCAUGCUUCUCUUGCUGUCUGUCUGUCUGUCUGUCUUUGUGCCUGUGUGCGUCGAUUGAUUGCCCUUAUUGCUGUCCCUCCGUCACGUUACGUCACAUCACGUCACCCUCACGUGUGCAGCACGGCAGCGACCAUCCAUCCAUCCAUCCCACUGGCUUCAUCGAUCCCAUGACACCGCAUCACAUCACAUCGCAUGGCCACCCUUCACGACUGACUGACUGGAUGAUCCAUCGCAUGUCUCUCUGUGUAUGUGUGCGUGUGCCUGUCUUUAUUUGUCAUUCGCGUGGCUGGCUGGAUGGCCGAUCGCUCGAUCGCUCGAUCCAGCCUCACUUCUUUCCUUCCUGCCAGUGGCUGUGUUCUCGUCUGUGCCCGCCCCGCCCCGUUCACCUAUCUCUCUGUUUCCCUUUGACUACUCCUGUCUUUGUCAGUCGUGCCGGCGGCGCCUCUGGUGACGACACACUGGAGGCCGCCGGCGCGCUCGCAUAGCGGGCAAAGACCCAACACCACCACUGCCAUGCCAUGCACCAUUGCAGAACAGAACAGAACAGUCCUUCUUCCUUCCCUACUCCUUCGUCUGUCUGUUCUCCUUGCCGGCUGACUGAUUGAGUGAAUGGACGGACUCAGUGAUUGAUGCAUG